AUGAGGUAUGGGAAAUCGAAGUUGGCAAUGUUGUACCCAAUAAUAACGUCCGGAUCCACUUUGACGAUAAACUCUUUCCAUUUGAGCAACAUCUCGGUUUCCGACUCAUACGAAAACGUCUCCGAACCAACAAUUGGAGCACACGACUUCACCGUGAACACAUUACGAACAAACGGCAAAGACUCACCCGCCGUGGCCACCACGUUGGCGAUCUGGAUCACUGGGUCGUGCUCUGCUUCAGGGAAAAUACCUUUUCUUCCGGCACAUUCAAUGUCAAACGACAAAAUACGCAACGGAGCCAUGCUGAGGUAUUUACCCUCAGAUGAAUGCGAAAUGAGAUCUGUAUAG